GAUAGGACAAACCAGACUAUGGUUGUACCGUAUUGCUUUCUAAGUACUGUAGUUGACCAGGAGUAUUCGUCUGUCCUUCUCGCCCAAAUCCCUUUUUGCACUAUGUCCUCCGCACGGCUGUAGUGCUCGUAGGCGUUUUAUGUUCGCCAGCUUGCGAUCUUAGCAACUGAUGGCUGGUUUUUUUUCCGGGGGUAUUUGGAUGGGGAAAGGUAGGAGUGAGGGGGGCUCGGCGCGCGUGAAAGGCGCCCCAGGGCUGUUCGUAGAGGAAACCGGCUACUGCGAAUCAACCAGCGCCGCGUGAAACACAGCGCGUGGAGUUAGCAGGUCUCUUGUUAGGGAAUUAUACUAGUUUUCCUGGAUGCGAUAAACAGCGCGUCUCAGGGGAGACGUUAUAGCUCACUUGAAAGCACACGUGAGAGGCGUGCAAGAGCCGGCGCGCAAGGGGCGCAUAUCUGCAGGGUGGCAAGCGCAUCAGGCGCAUGAGCGGCGGAGCACUCGCAGCGGCAUGAGACGCGCGGAGCGCGCCAAUUGCGCACUGCGUGAUCUGCGACGGCGCAGCAGGGCAGUCGAAACGGCGAGAGAAGGGAGUUGAACGUCCCUUAGCAGUGCAAUGAGCGGCCGUGCUCCGUCUCCUGUCCUCCUGACCGCUCUCCUCCUCCUCCUCCUCCUCAUGUGCCCGUCGCCGUGCGCCCCUGGCACCAUCGACAAGUUCAGUCGCAUCGCCAAGCAUCCUGACCUCCAUGUACCAGCCAGACGUGCCCCCUCCUCACAAGCUGCUGAGUCAGCAGCACCUGCCGCUGACUCACCGCAGCAGCCCGCGUCUCAGUCAGAAACAAGACGACCUGAGUCAGCAACCACUGCUGUACAGGAAUCGUCUCAGCAACCACCACUCUCUAAUCCCACCCAUCCCACCCGUCCCUCUGAAACCGCCGUUGCUGACAAUUCCGAUAGUGCUGCAACCACUGCUGCUGAUACUGCUACAGCCACUGCUUUCCAGGAGUCUUCUCACCAACCACCACUCUCUAGUCCCACCCAUCCCACCCAGCCCUCCCAUCCCUCUGAAACCACCGUUAUGGACAGUAAUGCUCUAAGUACUGACACUGCUGCAACCUUUGAUGUCAAGGAAUCGUCUCUGCAACAGUCAUUGCUCCUCAAUGCCACCCAUCCCUCCGAAACCUCUUCUGUUGGCAAUGCUUCUACUAGCGAUGCUGCUGCGACUGCCGAUGCUGUUCCAAUGACCGAUGCUGCUACAACCGGAGAUGUUGCUACAGCCGGUGCUGGCAAUGCUGCAAAUACUGAUACUGCUACAGCCAACGACAAUGAUGCUACAACCGCUGAUGAUGCUACAGCCACCGCUGACAAUGCGCCAACUACUGAUACUGCUGCAACCAACAGCGAUGCAGCAACCACCGAUGCUGCAACCACCGAUGCUGCAACCACCGAUGCUGCUACAACCGAUGCCGCUACAACCGUUGAUGCUCUUCCAACUGCCGAUGCUGCCAUAGCCAGGGAUGCUGCUACAACCACUGAUGCUGCUAUAAUGACCGAUGGUGCUACAUCUACUGGUGACAGUGCUGCUACAACCACUACUGACAGUGCUCCAACAUCUCCUGCUGCUACAGCCGCUGAUGCAAAUACAACCACUACUGACAGUGCUCCAACAUCUCCUGCUGCUACAGCCGCUGAUGCUGCUACAACCACUACUGUCAGUGCUCCAACUUCUAAUGCUGUUACAACCACAGAUGCUGCUACAGCCACUGCUGCUGACAGUGCUCCAACUUUAAGUGCUGCUACAACCGAUGGCUCUGCUACAACCGCAGAUGUUGCUACAGCCACUGAUGCUGCUACAACCGAACCUUCCCCAUCCCCCUCACACUCCCCCUCUCCCCCCCCAUCCCCCCUCCUCUCCCACCUCCUCCUCCUCCGCCAAUCCCUCGACCUCCUCUCCUCUGAUUGGAUGAGAGAUACCGUGCGGGCGGCAGGGGGGAGGGUGGGGAGGAGGAGGAGAGGGGUUGAGGGUAGAGUGGGGGGGGGGGAGGAGGGGGUGGGCGUGGCAGGAGGAUUGAGGGUUGUGGAGAAGGGGAGAGGCAGAGGGGAUAGGGAGCAUCCUAUGGCAGUUAUUCUUGACGUGGUUAAUGAGGGAACCAAGGAAGCCGCAGGGCGAUGCAUGGCACUGCUAGUGGAACACGACAGAGCCACUCACAUGUACUCUGAAGCCCUACAACUGCACCUACAGCACUCCAUUUUUCCCCUGAAAAGCGCGAACCCGGGUCAAGAACCGCCUUCCCUGGACCCCCCACAGUCACCAACCGACCCACCUACCAACCCACCAACUACCUACUCACCGACCAACCCACUUUCCCCCUCCUCUUUUCCUCCCGCUUCAUAUUCCGUCUCUUCGUCUUCCUCCUCUCCAGAUUCCUCCUCUUCCUCCUCCUCUUCCUCCUCCUCUUCCUCCUCCUCUUCCUCCUCCUCUUCCUCCCCCCCACCUCCCCGGCACGUGCGCUUACAGCACUGGCUGAACCACUUGCGCUACUCCCUCUCCUCCCCUCCCUGCAGUAUGCCGCUCCCCGGGCUGCUGCUCACCCCACGGGAGAGGGCAGAGGAGGCUCUUAAGAGGUGGGAGGAGGGGAGUGGGAGAGAGAGGCGAGGUGACGACAAGGCCAAGGGUGGAUACAGCAGUAGUGGGAGUGGGAGAGGAAGUGGGAGUGGGAGUGGGAGUGGGAGUCGGAGUGGGAGUGGGAGUGGGAGUGGGAGUGGGAGUGGGAGUGGGAGUGGGAGUGGGAGUGGGAAUGGGAGUGGGAGUGGGAGUGGGAGUGGGAGUGGGAGUGUUCGGAGCAGCAAGAGGGGAGGAAACAACCCUAACAAAGCCCAGCCAGACAAGCCUAACAGCAGCAGCAGCAGCAGCAGUACCAGCACCACCGCCACCACCAGCGGCAGCAGCUGGUGGUGCAGUGGGCAGGAGACCGGCAGGGCAGCGCGCACCUGCAUGGGUUUCAGAGCCCCUUCCCCCCUCGCCCGGCUCUCCCCCCGCCUCUUCCCCUCCUCCCCCCCCGCCGUCUCCUUCCUCCUGCAGUAUUUCCGCCAGCCAGGCAUGAUCGGUACACUAGUGGAGCGGCCUAGGGAGUGUGCUAAGGCGGAUAUGAUUGUGAAUGUGGAUGAGCCCAGUGCAUGGAGGGAGUGGAAGGAGCAAUGGUGUGCCACUGCUCCUUGUUCCCCCCAAACACAAACUGGUGCUGAUGGCAGUAGCAACAGCGACAGCAGCAGCAGCAGCAGUAGCAGCAUUGACAGCUUUAACAACGGCCGUUUCCUCCGCGUGGUAUUCAACCAUAACACCCACGAAAUAAGAGGGUACAACAUGGGCGCCCGCACGGCACGCGGCACCACCAUAGCCCUCCUCCAAGACGACGACCUCUUACCCUCCGACUGCCGUUGGAUCUGGCGGAUCCUACGGCUGAUGCAGCAGCGGCCGGCGGUAGCAGCAGUCGGCUACCGCACAGGUAGAAUCGACUUGAACGGGCCGUUAUGGGGAAACGUGAACUCCUGGUACCGGCAGCCGUAUGAGCCGUGGUCUCACCCGAGUGUAGACAGGAGGAGUGGCAUGAGGAGCUAUUUUUCCGGGGUGCUGGAUUUUGCUCCGUUUGUUAUGAGGAGAGAGAAGUUUCUGCUGUUGGGGGGGCUGGAUGAGGGGGAGGCAGUGAGGGGGCAGAGUGCGAUCAUGGCUGACUGGCAGAUGACGUUCCGGGCGUGGUUCGCAGGGAUGCAGCUCAUGCACAUGAAGUGGCCGCCUGACCUACCAGUCACGCCCGGUGCAGAGGGCGGCACGCACACCGGCAUCAGCUACAGCUACCGCAUAAUGUACCAGGACAUCAACUUCCGCAAGCUCAUAGAUAAUUACGUCAACCGGAUAAAUGAGUUUCAACAGGCAGAGGUCAGGCGGCUGAACCGAGUGCUCCAGACAAUAGACCCCUGGGAGUGAAAGCAGGUGAUGGCCAAGGGGGCAUCAGCUACCGCCACUGCAUGAUGUACCAGGACAUCGGUCAAAUAAGGCAGUACAAGUACAACACAGCAACACACACAUGGGCAUGGGCUACAGCUGCCGUGUCCUGUACCAGGACAUCAAUUUCUGCAAGCUCAUAGAGAAUUAUGUAGAUCGCAUUGACGCGUAGCACCAGGCAGGGAGCAGGCGGCUGAGCCGAGCUGUGGGAGCGAAAGUAGGGUUAGGGUUCAGUAGGAGGGGUGCUGGUGUAUGCUAACAGACUGUAGCUAUGUGCGUCACGUGUAGUAGUAGUUGCCUCCAGGGCCUACUUUUGGAUUUUUACUACUCUGAAAUCAG